AUGAAAUCAGUGUGCUUUGUGACGGAAAAGACGAUUGCUAUCAAAAUCCAGCUAUGCACGACGAAAGUUUUCCGUAUUGUGAGCGGAAGUGCAACUCAACGUGUAACGAUCGAGGAGCAUGUCUAUAUGAUGGCGAAAAACCACAAUGUUACUGUAAUUCGGGAUUCUCAGGGCCUACAUGCGAAAUCGUUGACAAAAAUGAAUGCCAAGACAAGCCCUGCCAUUGGUUGGCGCAUUGCCAAAACACAGUCGGCUCCUACGAAUGUGCUUGCUUUCCCGGAUUCCAUGGAGAUGGUUACCAAUGUGCGGGGCCUUCCACUUGAGAAAUGUGCUGAUAUCAAUGAAUGCGAAAUGAAUCUUCACAAUUGCGGAGCUAGUCAAAUGUGCCAGAAUACGGUUGGUGGAUUCACUUGUGUGGAUCGUUGUUCGGAAGGUUAUCAAUACGUUGACGGAGAAUGUGUGGAUGUUGACGAAUGUCGUCAAGAUGGUAUUUGCGAUCGUCGAGCUGAGUGUAUCAACACCCCAGGUGGAUAUGAAUGCAAAUGUGAUGCUGGAUUGACUGGAGAUGGAAAACAUUGCACACCUAUUACGGACUGUAGUCAACAAGAAGAUAUAUGCGAUCGUCAUGCAUUCUGUAUAAAGUCGCUGAAGCUGUGUAUCUGUCAGACCGGUUAUGUUGGCGACGGAAUCACUUGUAAUGACGUGAACGAAUGUGCUUCGAUGGAAAAUCCUUGCGAAAAUCAAGAAGGAAAUCGUUGUGUGAACAUCAAAGGCGGUUAUAUUUGUUGCGAUAAGGAUGUUGAUGAUGAUAGAUGCAUUCGAGACAAAGGUGCAUUCUGUGCUGGAGGUUGCGGUCUGCAUGCCGUAUGCUUCAAUCAAACUUGCCAAUGUAUGGAAGGCUUCGUGGGAAAUCCUCAUACUCGAUGCAUAGAUGUCAAUGAAUGCGAAUCGAAUGAUAUGUGCGCUGGUGUGGGACAAUGGUGUGUCAACAAAAUGGGCGGUCAUAUUUGUUGUUCAUCAGAUAGCAAAGAGCCGGAAUGUCAGGGCGUUCACAUCUUCAAAACGAACGAUGGCGAAGUUAUGCUGAAGUACAACGAAACAGGAGACGGACUAUUCGUUCAACAUCACGCCAGCUCUUCAGCCCGAAACAUCUCGGGUGGCACUUUCAUAACCAAGCAAGGAUUCCUCAAAGGCGAAGGAUUAUUCCCUAGCGUAAACGUAAACAGGAAAAAUGAACUAAUGUGCACUUCUUACUGUCCGGGACACUCAGAAUGUGUGGAUGGUGUGUGCCGUUGUGUUAAAGGUUUUGGCGGAAAUCCCUUAUUUGGAUGCGAAGAUAUUGAUGAAUGUGUAACGAACAAUCCAUGCCCGAAUGAUAAAGACACAUGGUGUGUUAAUACAAUUGGUAGCUAUCACUGCUGCACACCAGAAAGCACGGAUACAGACUGCAUAGGACUCGAAAUCGCUUCAGGACCAAGUGGUGGCUUGCGAUUGACGGGUGGAGGUGCUCAUCGAGAAGCCUUCUUAGCGGCCACUUUGAACGAGAGCUUCUCCGGCGAGACUCUCUCUCAGAGUAUCCAUGAAGUCCACAAUUUCUCAGCUGGCGAGGUGCUUGUCGUCAAAAACAAGGUGAAGACGAAUGUUUUUGAGAUGAAACCAGUGGAAGGAGAAGUUGGUUUGGAAAUUGUUGCCGAUAGAGGAGUAGAUGUACCUCCUAUUCCGCCAUCGAAAUCAUUUGGUUUGGAUUUGACUACCUUGGCACCAGUUUUGACGGUAACACUACCUGGUGUAAUUUCCACACUAGGAGGUGCUUCAGCUGUCACGACGUCUAUCCCAAUCACAGAAAUCCCAGUGCAUACGUUUGCAACAGAGGCGCCAGUUCCAAUAAAAAAUGCCACAUCUGCGACCUUCUCUCAUGCAACUGACAGUCAUGGAAUCGCCAUUUCUGGAGAAAAACUCGGGGAAAGCACUAGCACUGUGGCCUCCUUCACAUCGCAUGAGUCCUCAGGUGAAGAGCUGAAAACUCCCUUUGGCACUGGAGAUUUCACGGAUCGACCGGACAUUCGAACCCUGGCCAGAUCAGGAUCUUCACAUGAAGAUGAUGACCUUAUCGCGCAAAAUACCACGUAUUCUGCAUUCACAGAUAUAAUCGGUGAAGUGCAACUGACUGCUGAGGAGAAAGUAACUCCUAGGACAGGUGUGAAAUAUUCUUAUACUGAUGAGGGCAGCGGAAAUGACACUGCAGGAACGGGAACGACUCUUUCUGGGAGCUCUAGCGAGGAAGACAUCACGAAACUGUUGGAAACAACUUCUGGUGAUGGUAAAAGCAAGCCAGGAACUGAUUCAAUAUCUUUCGGAACUCCGAAAGCGGAAGGUACCAAGGUGAUAGCGAUUACUGGGACUUCUGAGGAGGCAGCCCAGCGCAGAACAGCACAAUUCGGUACCACUCCUCUUGGAAGUAGGGAGGCCAGUAAGGAACCAAAGAAUGGUGACUACUCUACUACUGAGGGCCCAGCAAGAGCUAGUAAAGGCAUUACAGGAACAACUGAGAUUCUCUCAUCUGAAAGCACUGGUAAAAGCUCGAAACCUAUUACCGGUUCGACAAACGAAGUAGGUGGUACCCAUAAAGAAACCAAAGUGUUGAGUUCGACAUCCGCUGGAACCUCGGGAAGCACAUCCGUUGGGUCAACAAAGUCUACAUCAUCUGAAAGCGCUGAAACCAUAGCUGCAGCCGCCAGACUGUCAACGACCACUGGAUCUACGACUGUCAGAACCAUCGCUGAAGACGAAGUCUUGACAACCUUGAUUGAGACUUCUCCAGGAGCAGGAGACAGUGGAGCAAAAGCAACAGCAACAUCAACACGCGGAAGCUCAGAGAAAGAAAAGACUCGAACACCUUUAACAGCAACUACUGAAGAAUCAUCCAGUUUUACCGAAACCCCCACAGCUGGAGAGAAAGCAGAGCCGAAAUUGGAAAAAUCAUUAAAGGCAAAGCCUAGCCUCGAAAAUCCAUCAGACCAUGAAGAGGGAUUGGAAAUUUCCCUCGCCCCUACCGGAAAAUCCACAAUCUCAAAACAAUCACAGAAAACUGGUUCAACAAGCGCAGAAGGUGAGAGCUCUGGAGAAGAUCUGAAGGAUAAAGGCAAGGCAGAUAAGAACAGCAUCGUUGUCAACGUGUCCACAGUAUCGGGAGCUCCCAAUGAAAGCGCGGAAACCGGUCCCUUAAUAGGAGCUGAAAUUGUGCAGUUUGAAAAGGGAGAAUUCGGCAGCAUCAGUUCUGGUCGCGCUAGAUCACCUGGAGGACCAAAAAUUACUGACGGCACUGUCUUAAAGGCACUCUCGGGCACACAAGGGUCUGGACCAUCCCUUUUAGAAGCCUCAGUCACGAAAGGACCUAUUGAUGGCGACGAAGUUGGGUUGGAGAUUGUACAUCAUGGCGGUACCGCUUCACCCGAAGUGGGACUAGAGAUUGGCCCUGUAAGACCCAGAGUCACAUCGAAGCCCGGAAAACCAGACAUCAUUACGGACGGAGAACCAAGUGGCAGCCAAGAGAUAAUCGAUGGUGUAGCACCCAAAGGCACUACGAAGGCCCCAGCUAGUGGAUACAGUGGAGUUAGCGAAGGUUCUGGUGAAAUCACACCUAGCGAAAGUGCAGCAGAAUUUACCCGUGUCCCAACUUCACCUGUAACAGGAGCAUUGGAAACAUCUGGAGAGCCAAGCACUUCUUCUGACCUUAUCACUACUGAACAGCCUGAUUUGGUCCUGUCUAUGGGCGCACCCCAAAAGAAUGACUCCACUGGUACAACACCCACAGCAGAACAAGCCGGUAUCACUACAGAGAGUACAGAUCGCGUUCUCUCGACUACAACCAGAGAGGAAGAAGUCAGUGUCACCACAGAGCAACCUGAUCUCGUUUUAUCGAUGGGAACGAGGGUGGAAACACGUACAACAGCUAUUACGAAGGAAAGCGAAUCAAGCUCAGGGGGAACGAAAUCGACAACAGCUAAAAUCCAGGGAACGACGGGUACUGCCACCACCCCGAGCACGACCUCGACUCAAGGAACCUCCACUCCGGAAAUGUCCGCUACUUCUAGCGAUGCUCCCAAAAUAGAUAUUGACGAUACUGAGGGAUCUGGAGUAGAAAGAGACGAACAACCAAGAAAAGAAAAACCCACAAAAGCAAUGUCAACGAUUAGAAAAGGAUCAGCAAGCCCUAUGACGGAGGAACCCACGACAAUCAAAGAAAGUACAGUUGAUAAGGUCACAUCUACUACAAGUGUGGAGCCAGCCAGCACAUCUACUCCCACUACUUCAUCAUCCAGCACUGCUUCAUCUGUCAAGACUAGUCCUACUCUAAACCCUAUUCCCUCGAAAAAAUCUCCAUCAAUCUCGUCCACUUCUUCACUACCAGCGCUAACCACCACAUCGGCUGCUCCAACGGUUACCGAAACUCCCGAAAUCGAAAGAAAGGAUAUUGUUGGUCUAGGUGCAGAACGAGCACCAAAGGACACAACUUUUGGUCCUUCGACUAGGCCAGAAGGAGAGUCAGCAGAAGCAAAUGUGACAACUCCUACCACAAUAACGGGCUCCUCCUCAUCUACUCCAACGAGCAAUCUCCCAAGAGAUCCUGGAACCCAUUCAAGCACCGGACCCCCCGAAAUAACCUUCCAGCAAACCACUGCUGGGGGUGCAAAAACCACAUCUGCCAAGACUCCUGGAGUUGCUUCAUCUACUGCUAAAGCUACUCAGUUAACUACAGAAGCGGAAGCACUGACUUCUCCCACUGGCGGUUCAGAUGUUUCUUCCGCAGUCACGGAGGCAGAACAUGGCGAAAGCACUACUGCUGUCGAUUUUACACCCUCAUUUCGCUCUUCAACAAAAUCCUCUGAAAGUGAAGCUUCAACGGAAACGGAACCUAAAAGAACUAGCAUCUCGAGAGAGGCAACUUCCACGACAUUAGCCACACAAGCUAAAGCCAUGGAUCCUUCCACCACUUUCAAACCUUCUGGAACUUCGCAAAGUGUCAGUUCCACAACUGGCAAGGCUAGUGAUGGAUUAUCUACUACCACAUUAUCAACCACUGGUAAAACACAUGGUUUAUCACCAACUAUUUCUAAGUCGUCAGAAUCUCUAGAAACUACUACCUCUGAGAAGGCUGAAGAGUCUGCUAUGUCGACUACUGAAGGAGUAAGAGCUCAACCCAUAACCUCAUCCACUUCGUCCGACGUUUCGUCCACUACUGAAGAAGCAGGUAUCUCUUCAAGCCCUUCUCCUGACAGUAAGGAAGAACUCAAAAGUAAAGUGCCCACGACUCCAGCUGAGACGUCUGAGUUGACCAGCGUCAAACCAAAAGGGUCGACAACACCCGCUGGCCCUAUGGGAACCUCUUUAACCACCAAAUCUCCCAUGAAGGAGAUAGAAGGAGCCACCACAGCGCCAAAAUCAACACCAAUCGUAUCGGGGACCGGAAAAGAGAAUGUUACUGCGUCUAUUUCUGAAGAACCUGUAGAAGCAACUACAGGCCCUGAAACAACGGAUUUGGUAGGCUUGAGCACAGAUGGAGAAAGUGAAAGUGAGAAAGCUUCCCAAGCUGAAAGCGCUACGACUACAUCUAAACCAUCAUCUGCAUCCAGUGGGAUUACACCUGCUGCAAAAAGUCAGAAAGGUGCAACAUCUGACAAAGAGCCAACCAGCAAAGUCCCCACAACGAGCAUGACCAUUGGCAAAGGGUCUACCUCUCCCGCUUCAAUCUCAUCAACGAAAACAUCAUCUGCCCUACCUGAAGUCUCAGCCAUCAUUUCAUCAUCUACAGAAUCGUCCUUUGGAAGUUCUACGCAAGACAAGACACCAACCAAAACAUCCCCAGCAAGAUCAUCAAAGACCCCAGUUUUCCCAGAAAUAGCUACCAAACACCAUACAGCAACCACGUUAAUCAUUCCCGAACUUCCAGAAGAAGAAGGAGACCGUCACAAAGGUGCCGAAAAGCCUCCGAUACCCAGCUUCCAAAAAAUAACACCGAGCACUACACCUCCCACAGAUUCUAGCACAGUCACUCUCAACAUCCCAGAAGAAUUAGACCGUCAUGAAGGUGCGAGGAAACUUCCGACACCUAGAUCUGAUCGAACAACACCGGAAUCGUCGUCAACGGAACCUAUUAAUCUCACAACAAACGAUGUUAUUACCGAUAAAACCCUGUCAUCAACACCAAAAAAUCCUGCUAAUGUUACGGAGGAGACCGACGAGUCAUCGCAAGAGCAGACAUCAGAGGUUCCGACCACUAAGGACACAUUUAUUCUGACCACUCCUACCACGAAACCUGCAAUCCAGUUGGGUCCUAGCAACACUACCAAAUGCACCAGCGGAGACCAAUGUGGUAGUGAUGCCUAUUGCGAGCGACGUACUGGAGCUUGUCGAUGCUAUCCAGGUUUCGAAGGAGCACCACCCUUGAAUCCUUGCCAUGAUGUCGAUGAAUGUGCUGCCGGUCUUCAUAAAUGUGACGGUAGUGCCAGAUGUCAUAAUUACGUUGGAGGUUAUGCAUGUUUCUGCCCUAUGGGUUUCAGAAAAGAUGAUAAUGGAAAAUGUGUUGAUAUCAACGAAUGUACCGAGUCAAAUGGAGCCUGUUGUAGUACCAAUGCCACCUGUAUCAAUAAACUUGGGUCUUACGGUUGCGUAUGCAACGAAGGAUUCUUUGGUGACGGCUACAAGUGCAUGCCACUUGAAAAACGAGGAUGUACUGAGGCCGAAUGGGCUGUGGCCAACUGUGGCAAGAACCAUAUGUGUUUGGUGGACGCGAAAGGAGCCAAGGAUUGUAGCGUAUGCAAAAUGGGAUUUGAAAUGGUUGAUGGGGAAUGUGUCGAUAUCAAUGAAUGCACUGAACCUGGCCUAAACAUGUGUGAUAAGAAUGCUGUAUGUAACAACCUUAUGGGAACCUAUGCGUGUCAAUGCAAGAAAGGGUUCCGGGGAGAUGGCUACAUGUGUGAAGAUGAGGAUGAGUGCCUGAUGUUGCCAUGCCAUCCCCAAGCUGAAUGCAAAAACACACCCGGAUCGUAUGAAUGCCGAUGCCCACUCGGAUUCGAAGGGGAUGGAAUAAAAUCAUGUGUGAAUCCAACGGAGCAAAGCUGCUUGGAAAUGGAAAAAUUCUGUGGUCGAACCAAUCACACCGCAUGCCUGUCUGUGAGAGUUUUUGACGGAUCACUGACAAGCAUUUGCGAAUGUGAACCGAACUAUCGUUUCAAUAUGGCUACUAGACAAUGCGAAGACAUCGAUGAAUGCGCUGAAAAUCGCCACAACUGCGAUCCAGCAUCAUCCGUUUGCGUUAAUGAAGAUGGUGGAUUUAAAUGUGAAUGCUUGGAGGGAUACGAGGGAACCGGAGGGAUCUGCGUUGAUGUCAACGAAUGUGAACGUGGUAUUGCUGGUUGUCAUAGUAUGGCAAUGUGUAUCAAUCAGCCGGGUAGCUGUGGAUGUAAAUGUAUUCAUGGAUUUACCGGUGAUGGCACACAGUGCAAUGCAAUGGGACGCGAGAUCGAAAAUGCCUGCACCCCUGAAUGGCAACGACUUUGUAAACUUGAGAACAAGACUUGCCAUGUAGAUGAGGAAGAAGUUCCCCAGUGUGGAUCUUGUUUGGAAGGACAUCAGCCUAUGAACGGAACUUGCUUGCCCGUCCAAAAGGGUGGAAACUGCGCUGAUCCCGCAAAGAAUACGUGUGAUAUUAACGCCGAAUGUAUCGAUGUACAUCCAGGACGUCAUUUCUGCACUUGCAAAAUCGGAUACAUUGGUGAUGGACUGAGAUGUGACGGUCCAAACUGUCAUCUGGACACUCGCCUUUGUCAUAACAAUGCUAAUUGUAUGGCCGAUGGCAAGUGCAAAUGCCUACCUGGUUUUGAAGGAGAUGGAAUUGAGAACUGUACACAAAUCGCCACCUCGUCUUUCCCAUCAAUCGGCGAAUCAACAACUCCAACCACAACUACCAGCGCCAUUUCCGCAUCUGAAUUAUCAACGACGCCGAGAGGCGGCGACGUGGGAACAGGAGCAAACGAGAGUAGCUCCACCAAGGAGCCGAAGUCCGUCACAUCACCGCACCCACACGUUGAAUCCACUCUUUCAACAACUCUUUACUCAUCAUCCAAUCUCACCACCGAAACUACACUAAUUCACGGAAAAAGCACUACACAUACAGCUGAAUUCACAGGCACAUCAUCUUCAACAACCAUAAAGCCAGCAGCAGAAUUGACUCAACCAGCGGACACACUAUCAACUAUUGAAGAAAUCGGAUUCAAAACGACUACAGAAGACGAUUUGUCUGUUGUUGUUGAAUCUUUUGGUUCAACCACAGGUACUCCCAGUGAUACGUCAUUGCCUGGUAAGCAUGGACGAUGCACACCAUCCGAUCGUUCAAUGUGUCAUGAAUUGGCAAUCUGUGAGAUUGCCACCGGAGCUUGUCGAUGCAAGGAUGGAUUCACUGGAGAUGGGUAUUCAAACUGCACGAAGUUUACUCCGCGUCCCGACUGUGUUACUGAGUCGACUCUCUGCCACCCGAACGCCAUCUGUGACCACCACACCCGACAAUGUUCGUGCCGCAGCGGAUACAUCGGAGAUGGCUACGUAUGCAACCCAGAUCCACAGGACUGUAUCAUACGCAAAGAUCUAUGCAGUCCCGAAGCCAUUUGCACUGGGAGACGUUGCAAAUGCGUGGACGGAUUCACUGGUGACGGCGUAAAAUGUGUGUCUCUAUAUCAGCGAUCUGUAAACUGCUCUGAGUGCGAUUUGAAUGCACACUGUGAUGAUGGAAUGUGCAAAUGCAAUCUCGGCUUCUUUGGCAAUGGUUUAUGCUGUGUUCCUGAUCCGCGCGAUUGUGUGCACUUCACGGGAGUUUGCAAUCCGGAUGCAACAUGCGAUCGAGACGCUCGACAAUGUAAAUGCAAUGCAGGUUUCCUUGGUGAUGGCAUCUCGUGCUUCCCUGUACGGUCUUGUCGCUCUGAUCCAAAUGUUUGCCACGCUGAUGCCCUCUGCCUGCCUUCUGGACAAUGUCUUUGCAAACAUGGAUUCCGAGGGAAUGGUUACGAUUGCAGUCCAAUCACUCCAAUGAUGCGACAUGAGUUGAAUGAAGUUGCAAAUUCGUGCAACAAUAAGUGUGAUGGAGAAACAGAGUUAUGCAUCGAUGGACAAUGCGUUUGCAAACAUGGGUUCGAAAGGCAUGCCAAUGGAAAGUGUGAAGAUGUAAACGAAUGCUUCUAUUCUCCAUGUCAUCAUAUGGCUACUUGCACCAAUACCCCUGGUUCGUUCGUUUGCACAUGCCCUGACGGAUAUGCCGGUGAUGGAAAGACCUGUAUUCAGCACAUAAAGAUCGGCGAGCUCGGCGUGUUUUGUGAACCCGACGGUAUGACACUUGUACUUGGAAAUGAGACCACGGCUUUCGAAGGAAGAAUAUUUGUGCGCGGACAAGCUGAAAACCCACAUUGUGCAAAGACCUUCUCUGCACUACAGCAUGCAUCCAAGCCCUACAUGUUCAAAGUGCCAUUCGAACAUUGCAAUGUCAGAUUAGAGGAACAAGAUACCUUUGCGACUACCGUUAUUGUUCAAAAACACCCUAUGUUCAUAACGACUGCUGCGGACGCAUAUGAUCUCAGAUGUACAUACCCAGUUGGGGUUAGGGAGGUUGAAUCGCAUGUAAACGUUUCCGAGCUCACAACAUCUUCUACACUUACGGAUAAUGCACAUGGACCCAUAUGUAAACUGACUGUCACCAAUGAAGCCGACGAAAGUAUCGCUGCCGCUGUAGUUGGACAAGCUCUUCGUCUUCGAUUGGAAGUCUCACCAAACGAGACCUACUCUAUACUCCCUCGUAACUGCUUUGCCAUAAAUAUUGAAACUGGUGAGCGAUAUUCGCUUACGGACAAGGCAGGCUGUGCGAUUGAUGAUCAAUUAUUCCCCGAAUGGAGCCGGGUGCGACCAAGUCUGACUGAAGCGGUGUUUAGGACCUUCAAGUGGCCUGACAGCUCAAUGAUACGUUUUCAGUGUGACUGCAGUGCUUGUAUCGGCCCAUGUCCUGAGAUGAAUUGCGGUCGACGACGAGAAGCUGCAAUGCGACGUUUCCGCUUCCGACGAGUACGCCACAUCCAAAACGGUAUAGAGUUUGAAGAGAGAGUGAAUGAUGACGAUUACGACGAGGACGAAGAAGAAAAAGCACUUCUCUCGAAAAUAAUCGAUUCGAAGCGGCUUGCAUUUUCAUCCCUGGUUAGAGUUCGUGAGGAAGAAGAAGAGACUCGAGCUCAAGAACAGUUUGAUCACUGGAGGAGUGGAAUGUCCGCAUUACCAGAAGUCUCAAGCGUAGUACAUGAGGAUGUGCUCGUUUGUGUGCGUACAAUUCUCGUCUUUGGUAUGUUCGUGCUGACGUGCGUUUGCCUUGGGGUACUUAUAUAUUCCUGCAUUCGACGAAGGCGAAGCAAGACCUCGACAUCUGUGCAGAACUCAUUAGCUUUCUGAAUGCCUUUGCCAUGUCUAGUUUCUAGUGCCUCAUUCGCUAACGCAGCGCUUUAGUCCCAACGAUUUCUUUAGCCUACAACAUUCCAGUUUGUUCUUUUCCCUCUCUCUCACUGCGCAAAAUAUUUUUCCAGCCAAUUUCUCAAAUUUCACACUGCUAUCAUAUGGUCGACUGCAUGAGAUCGCGUGUGUCGCUAUAAACUGAACGUCCAUCUGGUGCACGGUUGCCACAGUGGCCUGCAGUCUAAGUUUAGCAUUGGCGCUUGAUGACUCAUGCGGGUGGAGACCGCGCGCCACGCUUGCGUGCGUACAGCCAGCGAUAUGGACGAUCUCGUGCCGUCGACUUUACCAUGCUCAUCCUUUUAUUUCAAUUUUUUGUGUUAGGUGAUGAAUUGUUAUGUCUUUAUUUUCAUGUUUAUUGAUCUGUUUGUCGAUUGUUACGAGUUGCCAUUGCCUUGCUUCAACAUUCCCUUACAUUCCCGCAUUGAUACAUUCCUAAUUCGUUCAACAUUCCAUGUUUCCCUUAAACGGGGCACUUCUCUUCACUUUUGCUUUGUGAUAUUUCCUUGCGUUAAUUUGUGUAAUACAUUCCGCCUUUUACACUUUUUGUCGGGUGAUUUUAGAUACACUUGUGACGCCCUUAUUCCUGCCUUCCGAACGAAGUGUUCAUAUAAGUACCU